AUAUAUCUGAGCCUCAUAAAGCUCCCACGCUUUUUUGGAACUCGCGGUCGCGGAGCUCUGAAAAUCCGGUGGAAGCCCGACGAUCUCUCAAGGAAUCAAGAAAAUCUGGGAAGUCGUUUCUCUUAAAGCAGGCGGCUAGGUUCGCCUCGUUCCCUCCGAAAUAGGAAAACAGAAAACUAGGGUUUCUUCUGGCUCGAUCGUCUUCCUGGCUUCAAAUGGAGAAGAGUGGCAGGAAACCGAGCGCGCUGCUUCUUACUGAUCUUGAUGCGGUUCCUAUCAGAGAAGUACUAUCCUCGUUCGUGAACUCGGGGAGCGGCUAUGUCGCUGAGGAUGACGUCCUUGUUAUUACCCAAUACAAUUCCUUUCAGGGAAAGUUGCCAAUUGAGUCCGCAUCAUUGGAUGUCAUUAUCUCUGUAUUUCAAAAACCUGAUCUUGUUAAUGAGCAGUGGCUUGAGGAGAUAAUUAGAGUUCUAAAACUCAGUGGAAAGAUUGUUGUUCAGUUGUCUCUGGAGUCUAGUGAGCUCUUGGGUCAGUUUUCACUGGAGCGCAAAUUGCUCAUAGCAGGAUUUGUUGAAGUAGCACCCUUGGAAUCUAAAGCAGUCUUAUUCUUAGAUGGCUCACAUUCUGCAACAAUUGUGGGAAAAAAAGCAUCUUGGUCAGUGGGGUCAUCUUUUGUUAUCAAGAAAGCAAAUAGGGCUCUUCCCAAGCUUAUGAUAGAUGAUGAAUCUGACCUUAUUGAUGAAGAUAGUCUUCUCACGGCGGAGGACUUGAAGAAACCACAAAUACCAGCUGCUAGUGAUUGUGAGGUUGGGAGCAGCAGGAAAGCAUGCAAGAACUGCACUUGUGGGAGGGCCGAGGCAGAGCAGAAAGUGCAGCUGGGGCUGACUGCAGAACAGAUAAUUAAUCCACAAUCUGCAUGUGGCAGUUGUGGACUGGGGGAUGCAUUCCGAUGCAGCGGAUGCCCUUACAAAGGUCUGCCUCCAUUCAAAUUGGGAGAAAAGGUAUCACUUACAGAGAACUUUCUUCUGGCUGACAUAUGAGACAGCCACCUAACUGAGAACCAGCUUUGAAACAGCAUGAAAGCAUGAAUGAAGUGCUUGUUUUAGGCUAGUUCAAGAAAUAGCAAACAGGAAUUAAAAUUUUCUUGGAAGUCUAUCUUACAAGUAGGACAGUCUCAUUCAAAAUUCACAAUUAGUUUUUUUUUUAUUAUAUUGCAUGGAUGGAAGCAUCAUGUCUAUGACUUUGGUUUGUCAUUAUUUUUGUAGACGUGCCUUUGCAUUAAUAUUUGAAGCUUUAUCCAUUGGUGUCUGACAUUACUCUGCAUUGGUAUUUGCAAAACCAGCACCAGCACCUGCACGUUUUUUCCACCAUUUUGCAACACUCAAAUAUU